GCGGUCCAGGGAGCCGCGAGCUGCGCGCCCAUGUCGACGCCGCGGAGCCGAGAUGAGGGCGCCGGCGCUGCUGCCGCCCGCGCUGCUGACCUGCUGCGGCUGGCUGCUCGCUCCGGUGAACAGCGUUCACCCCGAAUGCCAAAUUCAUCUGGAAAUACAGGAGGAGGAAACAAAAUGUGCAGAACUUCUAAUGGCUCACACAGAGACACACAAAGCCUGCAGCGGAGUCUGGGACAACCUCACGUGCUGGCGCCCCGCAGACAUCGGCGAGACCGUCACGGUGCCCUGCCCCACGGUGUUCAAGGUGUUCAGCAGCCUCCACGGAAAACCAGGGAACAUCAGCAAGAACUGCACAAGCACGGGGUGGUCACAGACCUUCCCAGACUUCAUGGACGCGUGCGGCUACCGUGACCCCGAGGACAGGAGCCAGAUCACGUUCUAUGCUCUGGUGAAGGCCACCUACACCCUGGGCUACAGCGUCUCUCUGGCUUCCCUUACUACAGGAAGCGUGAUCCUUUGCCUCUUCAGGCGGCUGCACUGCACCCGGAACUACAUCCACCUCAACCUGUUCCUCUCCUUCAUCCUGAGGGCCGUCUCGGUGCUGGUCAAGGAUGACGUGCUGUACUCCGGCUCCAGCACCCUGCACUGCCCCGACCAGCUGGCCUCCUGGGUGGGCUGCAAGCUGAGCCUGGUGUUCUUCCAGUACUGCAUCAUGGCCAACUUCUACUGGCUGCUGGUGGAGGGGCUGCACCUGCACACCCUCCUGGCGGCCAGCUUCUCCCCCGGCCGCCGCUUCCAGGCCUAUCUCCUGAUCGGGUGGGGCAUCCCGGCCGGAUGCACCGGGGCGUGGGCCGUGGCCAGGCUCUGCUUGGAAGACACAGGUUGCUGGGAUACCAACGAGCACAGUGGCCCCUGGUGGGUGAUCCGAACCCCAAUUCUAAUCUCAAUUCUCGUCAAUUUUAUCCUUUUUGUGAGUAUCUUACGGAUUUUACUGCAGAAGUUGACGUCCCCAGAUGUCAGAGGCAGUGAUCAGUCACAGUAUAAGAGGCUGGCCAAGUCCACCCUGCUGCUCAUCCCGCUCUUCGGCAUCCACUACACGGUGUUCGCCGUGCUGCCCGCGAGCACCUCCUCCAGAUCCCGGCUCCUGUUUGAGCUGUGCGUGGGAUCCUUCCAGGGCCUGGUGGUGGCCGUUCUCUACUGCUUUCUCAACAGCGACGUGCAGAGCGAGCUGAGAAGGAAGUGGCAGAGCCUGUGCCCACGCCAGCCCUCGGGGUGGGGCGACCGGCUCCACAGCCUGUCCAUCUCCAGGGGCGGCUCAGAGAGCACCCUGCCCUCCCACCGCGGCUCCCACUCCCCGUCCUUCCUGCUGACUGAGACCUCGGUCACCUAGCCCGGCCAGCCCGCCCGCGAGCCGCAGCCACGUGGGCCGGGCGCCGGGGAAAUCAGCACCGGCUCAGCACCCUGCCCUGCGCCGGCCCAAGUGGAACCGGCCGCCUCCUAACCGGACGGGGCCUUAGAUCGAAUCGUCGUUAAACUCCUGCAUUUACUAGUAGCUGGCUUUGUUCAUCACGUUAGGCUGUGUAGAUGGACCCGUUUUCAAAGAGAAUAGGGGACACCGAGUGACCCCUGAGCGAGAUGUGCUGGCCCCACCGCUGUGGAAGGCUUCCCAGCCUGGAUGUCUGUCCUCAGCGGGAGCCGGGCCCCUGCAGGCCCAUCCUGCCCCACCUGGUCCCCGGGGGCUGCGCUGGGCUGCGGACUCAGGAGCCAGCGAGGACUUCCCUGAAGCGGCCCUGCAGGCCCGGGGGACCCCCUCUCCUGCUUCGAGGCCACAGCCGCAGGGAGCAGCGUGCCCCCUCAAGGGGUCCUGCUUGAUGAGGCCCCUCAGCACUAAAGAGACACCGUGGCGUUACUUCAGGCCCCUCACCCAGCGGCCCCUGGCCAUCGGGCGACACCAGAAACACGGAGAAGCCUGGUCUCCUCAUGAACAUAGCCUGACUGCCCUCUCUGUGUAAGCGGAGAAUUGUUUCCUGCGAGAAGUGUCCGGAGCACCUCUGUGCAAUGCGGGCAGAUGCGGCCCUGGCUGCCGGUCCGCCCACCUGGUGAACUUGGGGGCGCGUCUGGGGAGCGGCGGCCACAGGGCAGAGGGCAGAGGACUGUGCGACCACCCCCAGCCCAAGUGCCUGGCCCGCUGUGCGCGUCUUCACCCCGUUUACCACACGGCCCCCUUAGCAUGGAGGCCGUGGAUCCUUCCCAUGCAUCCCAGACCUGUGAGCACGCGGCGACUGGGAUGAUGGCGGGAGCGGCCGGGGAGGCCAGCAAGGAUGCCCCUGGGCUGCACCCAGACACCCCUGAGCCGGGCCCCUCUCAGCCGUCCAGUGUCACGGACGGUGUUUACCUGGAGCCUGGCUGCGCCCAGGUCACCGGCUGACAGUGUUUCCCUCAGCGUCACCGCGGCCCAAAGAGCCGCACGAGGCCUCUUGCCCGGGAGCGGGAGGGCGCUUUACAGACAGUCGACAGGAGCGCGUGAUCAGUCCCUGUCUCGUUUUAAAACGUCGUAAAUGUGUAUGUGGCCCUGUGUAAACAGCUCAAUAAACCCGAUGUCAUAUCUG